CUUUCUUCGGUCUUGUUCCUCGAAAUGACUGUAAGUUAUAUACAUCAUCGCCAAUUGUCGGAAAAUACAUCGGCUAAUCUUAUACGUGACUAGACUAGAUACCGGGUUGAAUGUGAGUUGCCCUGCUCGGUUUGGUGAUCGUGAGCGAGGUGCAUGGCUGACCCUGGCUAUCACAGAUGCUCUCAAGGUAAUGUUGCUUCGCUGUAUAAUCUGGAUGCUACUGACCAAGAUUUCAGACGCACCGUAGAGAUCAAUUGGUUAGUUAUAUUCCCUAGCGCACGUCAAGGAUCAAACUAAAUCAUGGUAUCAGAUCGAAUGGAUAAAGGUAACUCACAUAUCUCCCGGAUCCUGUGACUCGACUGGAGUAUGGUGUAACCUCAGAAUAGGGCCUCCUCGCGGUACCAUUUGUGUUGCACUCAAAACCGACUGCGGCAUUUGAACAGAAUGGCGACUCUGUGGACCACAUGGCAACCCAGACUCAGCGCCGGUAAGCUGCCUGUGGAUUGUUGUGAAUGAAAUGGAUAGCUUAGAAUCAACAGUUACGCAGAAAUCAUGAGAGAUGUAGAAGACAUCGUCAGCGAGCACUUCGCCUGCCAGCAGGACGGUACGCAGAAUCGAUCUAAACUCAAACUUUUGGUACCAUCUGUGGCCAAUUUCUUCACGCCAUUGGCUCUUCACGAUGCCUUUAUUUGGCAAGACCAACGACGCUUCAUCAGCCAUCGUCGUUUUGUACCACCGUCAUUCAACGAUAUAAGACUGAUUUUGAACACGGCUCAGGUCAUGAGUCUCGUUCGCAAUGGACCUCUCGAGCUAGUUACAUUUGACGGAGAUGUUACCCUCUACGAUGACGGCGAAUCCCUCUCGCCAGAAAAUCCAGUCAUUCCCCGGAUCUUGCAGCUGAUGAAGACUGGGUCGAAGAUUGGCAUAGUCACAGCUGCCGGGUACACAGAUGCACGUCGUUACUAUGAAAGACUGUACGGUUUACUAGAUGCCAUAUAUGCAUCGGACCUCCCACCUACGACCAAGCAAAACUUUGUUGUCAUAGGUGGUGAAAGCAAUUACUGUUUCAAGUUUGCGGAGGACAGUCCCGAUAGGCUAAAACUGGUACCCAGGCAAGAAUGGCUCCUCAAAGAGAUGGUAUUGUGGGAAGAGUCAGACAUAACGGCACUGCUUGAUAUCGCGGAAGCUUGCUUGAAGGAUACGGUGAAGAAUUUGCGCAUGGAAGCUCUUGUGGUUCGCAAGGAGAAGGCGGUCGGGAUCAUACCCAAGCCUGGCUACAAGUUUUGCCGUGAAGUGCUAGAGGAGACGGUUAUGAUUGCACAGAAAACUUUGGAACUAUCCGAGGUUGGGAACCGUCUGCCCUUCUGCGCUUUCAACGGAGGCAAUGAUGUUUUUGUGGACAUAGGCGACAAAUCAUGGGGUGUUUUGGCAUGCCAGCGGUUCUUUGGAGGCAUCGAUGGAGGCAAGACAUUGCAUGUUGGCGAUCAAUUCCUCUCGGCUGGGGCGAAUGACUUCAAGGCGCGGCUGGCAUGCACGACGGCGUGGAUUGCCAAUCCUGCAGAAACGGUGUCGUUGCUGGACGAGAUUUCGGAGUUGGACGAGAUGCAGCAGCGCAAGAAUCGAUAA